CCACGAAAUAACACUUCUCACCUCCUCUAAUCUUCCACAAAAAAUAAAAUAAAAUAAAAUUGCAACAACCUUGCAUGCGGGAGCAGUUCGAUCUGCACCGUAGAUACCACUCAUCAUCCAAUCACGUCUCAGAACGAGGCAUCGAACAACAGCAAGCAUGGAUUUCAUGCCUCACCGUGAAGACGAGAUGGUCAUUGACGAGGACACCUUCCUGAAUUCUUCCAGCAAUGCUAGCAUCGAUCCAGUCCUGCUCGCUCAGUCUCAACCCCAGUCACUAGCGUCCAGCUCCCUGAGCAACGCUUCCCAUUUCGCACCACCUACACAGGACUUUCCACUCGCCGCCUUUUACGAAUACCGCCACGUCGGAUGUCUCUGCAAAGUCAAACCAGAAACGUUUCCAAACAGCCCCAUGCAACUCUGGGAGCCACCAGAAAGCAGCAGAUCCUUUCUAUCUCAAGCAUGCUCACAAGACCAGACGAUACCAGCAAAGCUCUGGAUCAUUCAUUCUUUGCACUGCAAAAUGUGUAGCUGGGCUGAAUCGCAACGCAUCUACUACACGGCGAAAGCGCGUUGCGAAGCGAUUUCCGCCAAGCCGAUCUCCGAAGAAAUCAAGAAUCGAAUGAUAGCCUAUGAGGAAGGAGUUCGCGAUGGGAGAAUUAUGGCGUUGGAUUUAUCGCUCGAUUGGAGUGAGAUUUAUGGGAGCCGGAAAGGUGGGAAAGUAACGAGGGAAAUGGCGAAUUUGAUGGAGAGGCUCAAUGUGAAGUCGGAUGAGGCGAUUGAGGAGGAGUUGGUGGCGGGGAUUCAGGGGAUGGAGGUCGAGUAUGAUGUUUUGGAGUAUGAUCUGAUGAGAGAGAUCGAGUUGGGAGAAUUGAGAGAGAACGGGAUUGCGGAUGGCGUAGGUGUGCAGGGGCGGAAGGAGGGGAGAAGGUUGGCGAAGAGGAAGUUUUAGUGGGGAACUUGAGUGAAACUUUUGUAAGAUUAUUAUAUUGUUCAGAGGCUGGGACUCUACCAUAGUUUUGAUCUGACGAUGCGAUGCGAUGGAAGAUAAAUGCGUGUAAGAU